CGCAGGUGUCCGCAUAAGAUGCCGGCUCGGCGGCGGCGCCCGGCGUCUCCCCCCCAAGAUGGCGUCCAUGCGGGAGAGCGACACGGGCCUGUGGCUGCACAACAAGCUGGGCGCCACGGACGAGCUGUGGGCGCCGCCCAGCAUCGCGUCGCUGCUCACGGCCGCGGUGCUUUUUCUUUUCAACGUGGACAUAUGUUUUCAUGGUGGGAUGGAGCCCGCUCAGGACCGACUCCUCCCCUUCCCCCUGCAGAUGAAGGGUGCCUUGACAGAGAUCAUCCAGCUGGCCACCCUGGACACGGACCCCUGGGUGCUCAUGGUCGCCGACAUCCUCAAGUCCUUUCCAGACACAGGCUCACUUAACCUCGAUCUUGAGGAGCAGAAUCCCAACGUUCAAGAUAUUUUAGGAGAACUCAGAGAAAAGGUGACCGAGUGCGAGGCAUCCGCCAUGCUGCCGCUGGAGUGCCGGUACUUGAACAAGAGCGCCCUGACGACUCUUGCCGGCCCCCUCACACCCCCAGUGAAGCAUUUCCAGCUGAAGAGGAAACCAAAGAGUGCCACACUGAGGGCCGAGCUCCUGCAGAAGUCCACCGAGACCGCCCAGCAGCUGAAGAGGAGCGCGGGGGUGCCUUUCCACGCCAAGGGCCGGGGGCUGCUCCGCAAGAUGGACACUACAACCCCCCUCAAAGGCAUCCCGAAGCAGGCGCCCUUCCGGAGCCCCACAACCCCCAGUGUCUUCAGCCCUGCGGGGAAUCGGACCCCCAUCCCACCUUCGAGGACACCUCUGCGGAAGGAGCGGGGAGUGAAGCUGCUUGACAUUUCUGAGCUGGAUAUGGUCGGUGCUGGCCGAGAAGCAAAGAGAAGGAGGAAGACGUUGGACACGGAAGUGGUGGAAAAGCCAGCCAAGGAGGAGACUGUCAUUGAGAACGCCACCCCCGACUACGCCGCCGGCCUGGUGUCCACACAGAAACUCGGGUCUCUGAACGAGUCUGCGUUGCCCUCCACGAGCUACCUGCCCGCCACACCCAGCGUGGUUCCAGCUUCGUCCUACAUCCCCAGCUCCGAGACCCCACCAGCCCCAUCUUCCCGGGAAGCCAGCCUACAGGCCAGCCGGCCACCCGAGGAGCCCAGCACCCCAAGCCCUGCCCUGCCGGCACAGUUCAAGCAGCGUGCACCCAUGUACAACAGCGGCCUGAGCCCAGCCACGCCCACACCUGCAGCACCCGCCUCACCCCUGACGCCCACCACACCCCCGGCUGUCACCCCUGCUGCCCAGGCACCUCCGGUGGCCUUGGUGGCCCCACAGACCCAGCCUCCAGCCCAGCAGCAGCCCAAGAAGAAUCUGUCCCUCACGAGAGAGCAGAUGUUCGCCGCACAGGAGAUGUUCAAGACGGCCAACAAAGUCACGCGGCCCGAGAAGGCUCUCAUCUUGGGCUUCAUGGCUGGCUCCCGAGAGAACCCAUGCCAGGAGCAGGGCGACGUGAUCCAGAUCAAGCUCAGCGAGCACACGGAGGACCUGCCCAAGUCGGACGGCCAGGGCAGCACCACCAUGCUGGUGGACACGGUGUUCGAGAUGAACUACGCCACGGGCCAGUGGACGCGCUUCAAGAAGUACAAGCCCAUGGCCAACGUGUCCUAGGGGCCGCCCGCCCGCCCGCCUCAGCUGGCCCAACUCGGGCUCCGGCUCCAACUCGCAGCUCAGGCUUCCUGAGCGGCGGCCUCUGCGCUGCCCAGCCACAGCCGGUUCAGCUUUAGAUUCGUUUGUCUGGGGUGUUUUGGACUUACUUUUUAAAUUUUAAUAUGGGUUACUUUUGUGUGAUCUAAGACACUUUUUUGGAUUCAAUAUUACAUUUUUGAAUGUUAAAGUUAACCAAAAAAGCUAUAACUUCCUAAUUAGUGACAGCUCUGCCUGUUAGACUUUUACCUUUUUUAUUUUUCUGAAAUUCCACUGACCACGAGGGAGGGGCUCUCCCCACCCACGAGGUUGAGGGGACCAAAGGUGGUGCCAGGCACGGCUGAGAAUAGGGUGGGGCGGCUGCCAUGGCCAAGCCACACACCACCGCAGGUUUUCUACUUGUCUUUUGUACAGUUGUGAGCAUUUAAGACCAGUCUCUGGGUACCUGUGUUCAUUGUAAGAACUACCUGAGUAAUUAAAGUUUAGCUUUUCUAAAGGAA